AUGGAUAUUUUUCCUCGUCCGAGCAGCGAGAUUCAGAGAAGGAACCCGCAGCACGACUUUGAGCUCAUUCAGAGAGUGGGAAGUGGCACAUAUGGAGACGUGUACAAGGCCCGAAACAUCCAAACAGGAGAGCUGGCUGCAGUGAAGAUCAUAAAGCUGGAGCCAGGGGACGACUUUUCCAUCAUUCAGCAGGAAAUCUUCAUGGUGAAAGAAUGCAUGCACCACAACAUCGUGGCCUACUUUGGGAGCUACCUCUGUCGGGAGAAGUUGUGGAUCUGUAUGGAGUACUGUGGGGGAGGAUCUCUACAAGACAUUUAUCAUGUGACUGGACCUCUGUCAGAGCUUCAAAUCGCGUAUGUUUCUCGGGAGACGAUACAGGGUUUGGGAUAUCUGCACACUAAAGGAAAGAUGCAUCGAGACAUUAAGGGAGCUAACAUACUUUUGACAGACAACGGGGAUGUCAAGUUGGCUGACUUUGGAGUUGCUGCUAAAAUCACAGCCACCAUUGCCAAAAGAAAGUCCUUUAUUGGAACGCCGUACUGGAUGGCUCCUGAAGUGGCUGCGGUGGAGAAGAACGGCGGUUAUAAUCAGCUGUGUGACAUCUGGGCCGUGGGGAUCACAGCCAUAGAACUGGCAGAGCUCCAGCCGCCCAUGUUCGACCUGCAUCCAAUGAGGGCCUUGUUUUUGAUGUCCAAGAGCAGCUUCCAACCUCCGAAGCUAAAAGACAAAAACAAAUGGUCGGCCUCGUUCCAUAACUUCGUCAAAGUUUCUCUCACCAAGAAUCCCAAGAAGAGGCCCACAGCGGAGAAACUGCUCUCACAUGUGUUUGUGGCUCAGACCGGUUUGACCCGGAGACUCGCCGUGGACCUUUUGGAUAAAAUGAACAACCCAGAGAACCACCAGCCAUUCGGAGAAGUGGACGACGACGAUCUGGAGCCGAUCGCGGUCAGACACACCAUCAAAUCCAGCAAAAAACAGGGCCGGUCCGAGAGGACGCCUUCGGAAAUGGACUCUCACAAUGGAAUAGACGACCAAGUCUUUUGUUCGAGCCCAAAAUCUUCUCAGAGACGACGAGAGAGAGUCGAAAAGCUGGAGUUCCAGCCGCCGAUUCGCAAAGAGACAGAGGCCCAUUCUGAGAUGGAUGUAAACAAAGAGAAUGACUUUUCUUCGGCCUGGAGUCCUUUUGCAGACGGCGGCAUCACAUCCAGCGGGCAUGUGGCUCCGUUGGAAGAUGCAUUUGAAGACGUCGAGAUAUCGACUCUCAAACCUGGAGUUCCCCCGCCCCUCCCCCCAAAGCCUCGGUUGAGUUCCUCGGACGACAUCGGUCUAAACGACGAGCGCUCUUUGACGGUGAAGAGGUUCCCGAACUCUGAGAACGGUCCGGUCCCAGCGGCUCGAAGGCAGUCCACUCCAGGACAGGGAAGCAAACCAGAGACCAACCAGGACUAUCUGUCUGUGAGCGUCAGCAGCCCUGGAAUUCUGACCCACUCCUCUGACCCUGAUAACGACAGUGACGACACAGUGGACGGCGACGAACCCAAACCUGCGCAAAAUCGGCAGCACCGCAGAGAGAAGAGGGACUUCCCUAAAUCUGCUAUCAACGGCCUGCCUCCCACUCCCAAAGUCCUGAUGGGAGCAUGUUUCUCAAAAGUAUUCGAUGGGUGUCCACUCAAGAUCAACUGUGCCACAUCAUGGAUUCACCCAGACACAAAAGAUCAAUAUCUUAUUUUUGGGACAGAGGACGGCAUCUAUACUUUGAAUCUGAAUGAGCUGCAUGAAGCCACAAUGGAGCAGCUGUUUCCGCGGCGAUGCACAUGGCUGUAUAUCAUCAACAACAACCUCAUGUCUCUAUCAGGUAAAACGUUCCAGCUUUAUUCCCAUAAUCUCAUCGGUUUGUUCGAGCAGCUGAAGAAACCGGGACUCGCUGCUCAGUUUCAGACCCACCGCUUCCCCGACAAAAUCCUUCCCAGGAGAUUUGCCUUGACGACGAAGAUCCCUGAUACUAAAGGGUGCCACAAGUGCUGCAUUGUGAGAAACCCGUACACAGGACACAAGUAUCUGUGUGGAGCUCUCCAGUCGGGGAUUGUUCUGCUGCAGUGGUACGAGCCCAUGCAGAGGUUCAUGCUCAUCAAGCACUUUGACUUCCCGCUGCCCAGUCCUCUGAAGGUGUUUGAGAUGCUGGUGGUUCCAGAGCAGGAGUACCCGCUGGUGUGCGUGGCCCUGUCCCGAGGCCUAGACCCGGGACAGCUGGUCCGCUUCGAGACCAUCAACCUCAACUCCUGCUCCUCCUGGUUCACAGAGACUGGAAUGAACAGUCAACAGGUCGACGCCAUUCACGUCACUCAGCUGGAGAGAGACACGGUCCUGGUGUGUUUGGACCAAAAUUUGAAGAUCGUGAAUCUUCAGGGGAGACUAAAGUCGAACAAAAAGCUGGCGUCCGAGCUCAGUUUCAACUUCUACAUCGGCUCCGUGGUGUGCCUUCAGGACAGUGUGCUGGCCUUCUGGAAGCACGGCAUGCAGGGGAAGAGCUUCAAGUCCAACGAGGUGACUCAGGAGAUCUCUGACCCCAGCAGAGUGUUCCGCCUCCUCGGCUCCGACAGAGUGGUGGUUCUGGAGAGCCGGCCCACGGACAACCCCACCGCCUUCAGUAACCUCUACAUUCUGGCUGGACACGAAAACAGCUACUGA